CCUGCGAGUCAAUAACACAUACCUUGAAACUUUCAGAAACGUAAUCAUGCAUGCGGUGGAUACGUAAAUGAGUUUACGCAGGAUUAUAUAUUGACUUGUUGUAGCUCCACGUGUUAACGACCAAUUCCUGAUAUCAAGGCUGUAUAAGAGGGUAACCACUGUCUGUCAGCUAUGGCUGAAGAAAUGGUGCAGAAGCUGCUGGAUGGUCAAGCACUAGAUACAGAAGAGUUUUGUGAUUUUUCCCUUGAAGACCAAAAUGAAGCAACAGCCGCAAAGGGCGUCGCUCCAUCAUCACCUUCCUCAUUUACCCCUGAAUUAAAGAAGAACAUCUGCUAUGUCGUAGCUGCGGCCAUUGUCAACGAUAAGGGAGAGGUGCUGAUGAUUCAGGAAGCCAAAAGCUCGUGCGCCGGCCAGUGGUACCUGCCGGCCGGCCGGAUGGAGGCCGGAGAGACGAUCGCCGAGGCGGCGCGUCGCGAGGUGCUCGAGGAGACGGGUCUGGAGCUGGAGCCGACCACCCUGCUGAUGGUGGAGACGGCCGGCGGCGCCUGGUACCGCUUCGUUGUCACCGGCACCGUCACAGGCGGUCGGCUGAAGACGCCGGCCGACGCCGACCCGGAGUCGCUGCAGGCCCAGUGGGUGGCCGACCUGAGCGCCUACGAACUGCGCGCCAGGGACAUCGAGCCGCUGGUGGAGCUGGCGCGCGCGUACCAUGCGCGCGGCGCGGCCGCCUGGCACCCGGAGCGGCUGCCGGCGGCGCGAGCCCACCGCCGCCUACUGCUCCGACUGGUCGUCUGCGUCCGAAAACGCGCCAAUAACCGGGUCAGUGUCCUGAUGUCGGAGAAGACGUCUCUACACCUGCCCACAUGCGAAAUAUCGCCGCCCCGUAGCAUCCACUCAACGCUCAAAAAGUAUAUGACGGAGAUGUUUGGCGCCGACCUGCCGCCGCACCGGCCGGCCGGCGUGCUCUCGGUCGAGUACAGCCACCAGCCCGACCAGCCGGCCGGCCUCUGCCUCACGCUGCUCGUGCCCGUCCGAAAACCGCUGGAGGAGGUGCACCUGAUCGACAAGUACCAGUGGUGCGAGCUGAACCGCGAGCUGGGUCACGCGCUGCUCGACCGGCUCGGCAAAAAUCAGCUGGUGUCGCUGAACGUCAUCAGGUAAGGCGCGGCGGCCGGACGGCGGCGGCGGCGGCCGACCACCCGCACUGCCGGCCGGUGUCGGGCACCUGCACAGCGAACACACCGACUGGCACGUGACCGCCGCCGCUUCAACGGAGACUGCCGGACGCCGAGGAACGAGAGGUGCAUGCUGCUGUGGUGGUUGUCUUCCAGCCUGGAGCACAGAGCACCGCUGCCGGCCCGGGGUCGGAGGUGGCGACGCCCCCGGCCCCGCGGCCUCUCGCCGGGCGCCCGCCGGUGGCUCAGGCCAGCCACCGAUCGGCGGGCAGUGCAACAGAUUGGUGGUAGCUCUGGCAAACACGGGCCGACGCAAUUAUAUUCCCAGGUGUACAACGACUUGCGAGCUUGCUUUGGCUUUAUUUACGAAGGGACGAGGUUUGAGACUGAAGUAGGGAAUUUAAGGAUAUUCCGACCUGGGAUAGUUAAAUUAUUUGUUUUAGCAAAUGAAAUAGAACAGAUUGAAGCCGUAUAUUUUAAAAAUGUCAACGUUGCCAGUAACGUUAAUCGUUUACGUGUUUGUGAACCGUGACCAAUUUGUGCGUUCCCUGCGGGCCAAAUGGCAUGACUGAUGAAAACUGGCUUUAGGUGGUAGCUACUAUGCACUCUUCUUUCAUCAGACAUAAGAAAAGAUAUAUCCGUGUGUUAAGGCCGCCGUCCACUGCGACGGAAUUCCGUCCGGAGUCCGUCCGGAAUGUCGCCGCACGCUGGCCGCAUCCGGUCCGGAUGCGGUCCGGAUGCGAUCCGGAUGCGGAGAGCUAAUAAAUGUUUCCUAUCACUUAUUACCAAAUAAAAUAUUGCAAGUAACCAGCAGCGAAUACUCUUGCCAUUCUAAGGAAAUAAUUUUUACUUACUUCAUGAUGAUCGAGUUCCAAUUAUUCGUACAAUUCACAAUGUUUGCCUCCGAUACGGCCCCAAACCACGUCUGUUCCGGACGUUCCGGAUGCGUUUUCCGCAGAAAAGUUCAACGCGUCGGACAUCACUCUUCCGUCUCCGUAGCAACCGCAUCCGAAACGCAUGCGGAGAGCUGACGGAAAAUCAACAGCUGAUUGCCGUUCGGAUGCGGUCCGGACGGAGCGCACACGAUUUCCGUACGGACCGGAUGCGCCCAUAGGGUUCUGUGUUAAAUUCCGUACGGACCGCACGCGUUCCGCACAGUGGACGGCGGCCUUUACAGUUACCACAUACAUAUAUCUAUUUGGUGGAUGAUUAUCUGCACUGCUGCUGGAUUCAGCUCGCUUCGUCGUUGUAUAUUCGUUAGCCGACGGGUUUCAGUGGUAGCCGACCCAGUCUGUCUGCCUUACAUGCCAGUAGGUUUUAGUGUCGGGAUCGUCUGCCUGCUCAGUCGCUAUGCACUCCGAUGGGGUUUCAUGCCCCCCAAGUGGCGGCCUGCACAGUGCCCACUUGUGUUGUUUCCUGCCAGUAGAGUACUGUGUCGUCGGCAGACUGUCCCGUCCGUGUAUAUUUGUUUGUCUGACGGCGAUGUUAGUUUCCGGACUGAGACUGUCUGUUCGGUCCCUAUUCGCACCAUGUCUGCUGAUGGGUUUCAGCGCCAGGGCCAGCGAAUCGGUGGCGUGAUGCUGGAUCGGUCUCCAGCUCCGCGGUCGCCGUUCGUUCGUGGCCCGUAUGGGAUUCUGCCGCCGCUGCUCUCAGUGUACUCUCAGCACCGCUCACCAGCGGUGACGGCUGUACUGUCCGUCUCUGCCGCCCGCGAGUGUCCUGCUAUCCCUGCGGUAAUGUUGUUACGUUUCCGUCCAUCUGCUGUGCUGCGCCCUUCGGCCCGUAUGUAUAUGAUUGUAAAGUGUAUGCUGUAUAUUUCUGUGUGUGCGGGCCCGUGCCUUCUGCGGCGCGCGCUGGACGCUGGCCCGUCGCGUGGCGCCCGCGGUCGGGUCCCGCGCCGCCAGACGGCCCGUCGCCGCUCGCUCUUUGGUGGUAGGUGUCGCUACUAAUUGGACGGUGUGCCGGCGGCCGGCCGUUUUCGCCUCGCUCAAGUCGCUAAUAUAUUUUUACUUUCUA